CUGGCUGAAGACACUCCCAUCUCGGCACGGUAGCUACUUUCAUGGCUGCACAUCACGCCACCUCUGCUGGGGUGGAUGGUAAGCCUAUCAUACAUUGAACACUAUCUCAGGACUGCGUUGGUUACUUUUAGCUAAAGCUUCUCACGUGCAAUUAUGGUACGUCCUUAGUUGUGACCAUGGCGACCUACCAGAUCCAAAUCGCCAACAGGAGCGGUACGAUGCAAGAAUAUGUCAUUCUUCACGAACCGCCGGAGGUGGCCCUCUUCACGGACACGAAUACCACUACGCCCGUUGCCGCUUUCUCACUACCAUGGAUCAAGAGUUCUGCCAUACCUGUGAAUGGCAUGCUGCAAGUUGAUCUACCAGCACACCAUCAUGCAGUCUGCGGUACGCUGUCCGGCAAGAAGCUUGCAGCCGGCGUGGUAGUGACACAGACCGAUGACAUCGAGGUCUUCCUUGCCACCGACGAUGACCCGGGCUCCAGAGCGAAGUGUGAUUUGGAUGACGCUGGGAAGCCGGAGAUGUAUGAUCGGGAGCCGGAUGAUGGGGUCAGGGAUGGUGCGUUUGGUAUUGAGAUGAAGCCGUAUGAUGGCGACAAGAACUCGUACAUCUGGCUUGGAUAUGGAAAGAAGGAUCUCACCACAGGCGUGAUCGUGCCGAUGGCCAGCUGGCCUUCCACUCCUGACGCUGUAUUCGGAGUCACACCUAGUCUGAGUAGGUGGCGGGUAGGUACUGGUCAGUAUGGAGUGGGACAGGCUGUUGGCGGGGCGUUGUUAAGUAGCUUUGCCUUGAUUGACUUUGCGACGGCGCCUGAUGGUCAGACUGUCGCUGGUGUUAUGCAGGGCACGGACGGGAUAUUUAGGACGACGUUCCAGGCGCUUUCUGCUAGUAAAGAUUGAUGGCGUCGCAAGUGUUAUGCUAUUUGCUUUGACCACCCGCAGGAAUAAGGCUUGGUAUAACGAUUGUACUCGUUGUACGCGAGAGCAUUUCGAAUCGCGUAAGACUUGGAUUCAGCGGGCGGAAAUCCAUACAACAAGCUCUUCCGUCAAUAGGCAGGAGGAGGUGAAAUGGUCAAAUCACCUACACCGACUCAGAAUCGUGCAUUGUAUACAAUCAGAUUCGGGCUGUCC